AUGACUUCCACACAUCCAAAUCCCCGCCGUUGCUACAAAACCAGAGGCACCCCCACCUUCGCCUUUUGCCAACCUUCAUCCACCUGCCAGGCAUACCCCUCGCCCGAAUCCAACCUGCCGCUAAGGAAGAGUGCCACCUUCCACUCUUCCAAGUCACCCUCGUCCGAUGACGAUCCGAUCUUAAAUAUACCCUUACUGUCCAGGAGAUCACCGACAUGCCCUAAAGACCUGGAGAAUGCUGUCGCCAAUGGCGAGCAUCGUAUGCAGCGGCUUCUAGGUGUCGUCGAUCGCAGUUUGUCAGGGCUGGAAUCGUUCUCGUCAGACAGUCAAGAAACUCUUCGUCAAGAGGACCUUCCUGUCCCUCGUUUCAUGCUUGAUAGCCACAUCGACGGCCCCGAUCAUAUGGACGUCGACGACGCCCUUGAUCAACCUUCGUUCUCUAAGCCUCAGCAACGAGCAGCACAUCAUCACCACACCUCCGACAGUGGCCUGGGUUCUUCAGUCACAAGUGCCGAAGAGUCUUUGUCUGGAGAUCAUGCAGCCGACAAUUUGAGCAAAGGAAAUAGCCCAAGACCUUCCACUAACACCGGUGUGCGGUCUGGAAUCAACGGAUAUGCCCCGUCCGGUAUCGAUGCUCGCAUCAGAACACAGCAUGCACUGAGCGAAUACGCUUGCGAACAAAUUCAGAGAUACAUCAUCGUUCCCAUCACCAAAGAGCCGACACUCAAAGCCUUUCACCAACUGGUCAAGAGCAUUCCAUACCGUGUGGGCCAGAAGCAGAUUACAUGUCUGCGAGAUUUAGAGAAAGUCAUCCUUUGGCUGGCGCCUAGAUACUCCGUAUCUAGGUCAUCGUUCCUCAACUUCUGCGAGUCGUCCAUCCAGUGUUUACAUACGACCGUUCAGCAUCUCAACGUAUCAGAUCAACAACGAUCAACCGACAGACCCUAUUCUAACGGUUAUUUUCUCGAUCUCACCGAACAGGUUCGCCAAUACGCAGCAAUGAUUACCGCCUCCAGAGAGAGGGCUACAGCCGGAAAGGAAAGGGAGGAAAACGGCUAUACUACCGAUGAACAGCUUAGCCUACACGGCGGAUUGGGUCGUACAGGUCGUCCUGCCGAGCUUGUGAGAACCAAGGACGGCCAGGCGAUUUCCUUACGCACCGGAGAAGUCGUCAAAUCAGACUCAACAGUGGGGCCAGAGGACGACCUGCAUUACUCUAUGGCUCGACGCCGCAAGUCGGAACAAGCGGCUGCCAAGCAAGCCCAAAGAUGCAGCGAGUGCGAGAAGGAGUUCAAACGCCCUUGUGACCUGACCAAGCAUGAGAAGACUCACUCGAGGCCCUGGAAGUGCAACGAGCCUAGCUGCAAAUACUCCCAGUACGGGUGGCCUACGGAAAAGGAGCGGGAUCGCCACGUCAAUGACAAACACUCUAUGGCCCCUAAUAUGUACAAGUGUCAAUACCGCCCUUGCCCCUAUGAGAGCAAGCGAGAGAGCAAUUGUAAGCAGCACAUGGAAAAGGCCCAUGGCUGGGCUUAUGUUCGGUCCAAGAACAAUGGCAAGAGCGGGAGGAAACCCUCCAAAGUUGGCAAAACGCCGCCAACUCCCCAGAUUGCUACACCAAAUUCGUACAUCUUUGACGCAUCUGGUUCCGAGUUUGGUGGGGACUCAUCCAGUCCGUACAUAAGCCACUACAGCGUGCCCCCCUCGACUGAUGGAUCUCCUGGUGACGGAUCCAGCCAUUUGUCAAAUUUGGAGUCACCUUAUCUGGGCGCAAAUGAUACAAUCACUCCAUACGAACCCACAUUCAGCUGGGGUGAUUCGUACAAUCGCCUCACUCCACAGUCCUAUACCCCGAAUUCUCAUCGACUUUCCAUGGAUUCUCUCACCACUGCCCCAACCGCCCCUUCAUCGUAUGAGAUGGAACCACUGUUUGGUGGCACUUAUGACUGGAGCAAUCUGGACUUGAGUUCUAGCAGCCUAGACCUCACUUCCAUGAACAUUCAACUCGACACUACGUCACCGCUGUCGAUGGAGACCCGUCCCCUCCAGGUCUACAGCCGCAAUCCUUCCAUCUCCGUGGAAGAGCCUCGAAGCACCAAGAAUCCCAACCUCUCCCCUGGCGCCCAAGGAAAUCAGAUGCUCUAUUCGCCUUACCACAACGAGAUUGUCGACGAAGGCUAUGGGGAUUUCGCCACCAACGCCGGAAAGCCCGCCGCUGACUUCGCCUUGUUCGACUCUCGUCCUUGUUCCAGUCUGGGCGGAAGCUUAUUCUCUGACCUUCCAACUCUGCCUGCAUUUCAACCGACGACUUGGUCCGGUCGAGGUACCGAUCUAGCACAGCAGCUGGGCAUGAACGAGAUGAUGCAGUUAGAUGAAGAAUAG